AUGAGCCCUGUUGCCGUCUACCCAUCGAUAUCGUUUCUGAAACGCCCCUCGCCGUGGGCUGUCAUUGGCUGGAAACAACAGACUCCCAUUAACAGAGGCUCCGAGCUGCCUAAUGCUCAAGACCAAGCCUACCUGCAUGAGCUGCAACCAGUUAAUGAUCAAAUGAGCGAGCGACCGUACUCGCUGAACAAUGGUGGUUCAUUCGUCAAGGUCGACGAGGGAGAGCUAGUCUACACACCAACCCCGCCCUCGAAGCCUCGACUGGUGACAUUGAAAGGAUAUUACGCCCUCCACGAGUCCAUCGAGGCAUCCAAGGGCGAGGAUAAGGGACCAUCGGCGCACGCUAGCUGA